GGCCAGAGAAAGCGCGCUGCGUGCGGCCCCGCUGCCCAGAGCCUGCCAGCAGCGCGCCCUCGGCGGCUCCGGUCCCAACCGCGCCCGCCGCCUCGCCUCCUCCGCCUCGGCCGCGUCCCGACUCCGGGGCUCGCCCGGCCUCUCCGAGGUCCCCGCCCGCCCCGGCUCCAGCCCCGCAGCUCGCCCGCCCCGGCUCCAGCCCCGCAGCUCGCCCGCCCGCCCGGCUCGCCCCGGGGAAGGUAGCUAGCGGGCGAGCGCGCCCUCGCCCCAGCCCCGCGCGGCGACCAAGGACCGGGAAGAUGAACGGCGGAGGCAAAGCCGAGAAGGAGAACACCCCGAGCGAGGCCAACCUUCAGGAGGAGGAGGUCCGGACACUAUUUGUCAGUGGUCUGCCUCUGGACAUCAAACCCCGGGAGCUCUACCUGCUCUUCAGACCAUUCAAGGGCUAUGAGGGGUCUCUUAUAAAGCUCACAUCUAAACAGCCUGUAGGUUUUGUCAGUUUCGACAGUCGCUCCGAAGCAGAAGCUGCCAAGAACGCUUUGAACGGCAUCCGCUUCGAUCCUGAAAUCCCGCAAACACUACGACUAGAAUUUGCUAAGGCGAACACGAAGAUGGCUAAGAACAAACUCGUAGGGACUCCAAACCCCAGUACUCCUUUGCCCAACACUGUACCUCAGUUCAUUGCCAGAGAGCCAUAUGAGCUCACAGUGCCUGCACUUUACCCCGGUAGCCCUGAGGUGUGGGCCCCGUACCCUCUGUACCCAGCGGAGUUAGCGCCUGCUCUUCCUCCUCCUGCUGCCGCUUUCACCUAUCCCGCCUCACUGCAUGCCCAGAUGCGCUGGCUCCCUCCCUCCGAGGCUACUUCUCAGGGUUGGAAGUCCCGGCAGUUCUGCUGAAGGCUGUGUCUCGGGUGUGUGAUGGCGGCUGCAAUCUGUCUUGUGGGUAUUAAUGCGAUCCUCAGUGGUGGUGACUGUCAUCCAGCUGUUCUGCAAAACUGGAGCUUGCUGGUUUGAAAACACCUUGUCCAGUUUUGAUCCCUUCAAGACUUUGCCACAGCCUCUAUCACACAUCUGUUUUCCUCAAAGACAAAAAAAUAUAUAAUAAAAUGUGUUUUACUCUUUUACACUGUAUAAUUUUAAGAAAUAUGUGUUAUUUGUGAAUGCAUGGUCUGACAUUUCUGUACAGUUUGGAGACAUACUCAGAACAAAGAGGACAGGAAAGCCAAGACGGUUAGUAUUUUUCUAACAGACAUUCUAAGAAUGGAGGGAUGAGCUCUUACACUAGGUUAGAUCACCUUUGCGCUUGAUUUUUGAAUGCUUUUAAUGACGAUUAUCUUAUUUUCUUCUACAAUGAGCUGCAUGUUUGAGGCAUGUCUCUGACUUAGCAUUGAGAUUUCCACAAUUGUGUUGUGAAUGUGGACUCCAUCUGCCUGGCCCAGAGUCAGGGCACAUUAGUAACAUGGUGUAGAAAUGAGUUCGGCAAGACAAUCAAAGCCCCAGAGCAUCUGCUGUCAUAGUGUAUUCACAUCUGGGCAAAGACUACUACUUAGGUCAUGUCUCCUGAGCACAGCCUACCAUCUGGUUUCAUGGUGGCUCUGGCUGCCAUGGUACAAACUGUGCCAAGUGAGGUAUUGCCAUUUUAUACUUGUAUUUAUUAUAUUCUUACUGUUCAUGAUAGCACCCUCGGAGUGUGGGACCUAAUAUAUCACCCACCUUCCAUAAACUGUUCUCACUUCCCCAGUGAGUAGAGGGACCUUGGUUUGGCCAACAUGGCCUCAGGAGAAGCAGGCUGCCCACCCAGCUUGCUUGGCUGCAAUGGGCAUCACAUCUCAAGGGAUUCUGCAAAGCAUUGGCCUCCCUGAGCUAGUGUUCUAAAGGCUGGCAACCAUCCAUCACGUUCUCCGGAAUACUGUGUGCUCAUCUUGAGACUACCUGCUGCACUGUACUGGGUGGAUCAUGUAACCACGGCCAUUUACAAUGAAUGCUGUUUCCCUUGCUUCAAGACCUCUUCAAAGCCCCAAGUUAGCCUGUGUUGUAUACCAACACAUUUCCAGAGGCUGUGACAGGGCAGCUUCUCCCACUCCUCAGAAGAGAGCCAUGUGUAAUACUAUAUUGACCUCAGAAUUUCCAGCUGCUGAUAGAGCUAGACAGAAUCACAAUCUUUGUAUCUUUGUUAUUGAUCUGCUUGUGUUGUUGAAAACGUCAUGUUUUAAUGAUUAUACCAUUGGUUGUGGGGGAGGGUGUCGCUUCAUUAUUUUUCAUUAGAAGCAAGAAUGUCAAGUUUUUACAGGUUAUUGGAAAAAGAAACACCAAGGCCUGGCAUAAGGGCCUUUCCCUAGAAACUAGAAGAAAGGGAGAGGCAGCAGCUGGGGACAUACAACAUCCACAGUGGUGUUUGGGGACCGCUCAUGACCCCAGUGCCACUUGGCUUUAAGACUCCUCUACUUGCUUUGAAGAGAGCGCCACUUCACCAUCGAUGAUGCUUUUAUAAACUGUAAAGGUACUUUUCUAUUGUCGUUUUUAAAAAAAUAAUAAAGUUUAUUCCAGCUAUUA